ACUGCUAAAUAAGCCCCCUCCGGUUUUGUUUAAACUCUUACUGCACUUCAACAACCAACUCAGAUACAAAGAAGUUGUAGCGAAAGUAGUAACGCUACAUACUUAAUAUACGCUUCCCCCUUUGUGUGAUAAGUAUUAUAUUUUAUUUAUAUUAUUUAGUCGUUCACAAGCACGUUAUUUAAAGCUCAAAGUAAAGCAGCUGGGUGGUGGUCGCUCAGAUGUCGUGUACGCUGGUUAGCCCCUCCGGAGCCCGGGUCCCUCUGGAGAACGGGCGAGCUGUGAUUCUGGGCCGGGGGCCGGACACCGGGGUCACCGACAAGAAAUGCUCCAGGCACCAGGUGAAGGUGGUGGCUUGCUAUGCAGACCAGGAUGUGGUUGUUACUCAGCUGGGUGCCAAUCCCAGUUUCCUGGACGGGGAGAAGCUGUGUCGGAACCAGUCUGGUAAACUCACCCAUGGAGGCACCCUCUUCCUGGUCGACCAGAGCCACCCAUUUAAACUGCACUGCUCUGUGAGCUCAAACGGAACAGCCGCCAAGGAUGCACAGAAAGGACUAAAAGCCACAGAUAAGACAAAAGGAGGAAGAAACGAGCGAGACAAAGAGGCACAGUCGAGUUCAGUUGUCAAGCGCAGUAUAAAGGAUUUCUUUACUACCUCUCCAAUGAAGUCUUCUAAAAGACGGCUGAGCCCAGAGAGGGGGAGCCCUGAGGUGAAGCGCCGAAGAAGAGACGAAGAGGCCCCAGAUAGACAAAUGAAGGAGGAGGAGGAUGAAGAGGAGAGAAUGGCAGAGGAAAAGCUCAAGCAGCUGCAGGCGUUGGCAGAGAAGUCUAUGGCAGAGGGGAGUAAUAGCACCCAGCCUUCAUCAUCUUCUUCCUCUUUAAAAGGCUGUCUAAAGAGCAGCUGGCAACAGAUCGGCAACAUGAUGCUUUACACGGCUGCUGGUGUCAAAGGAAGUGACAAGAUUGCUGGCUUUGACAUAGAUGGCUGCAUCAUCACUACCAAGUCUGGGAAGGUCUUUCCCACUGCGCCAGAUGACUGGAAGAUUCUGUAUCCUGAGAUUCAGCCCAGGCUUGGCAACUUAAUCAAAAAAGGAUACAAGGUGGUGUUCUUUACCAACCAGAUGGGGAUCACGAGGGGCAAACUGAAACCAGAGGUCUUCAAGUCUAAAGUGGAGGACAUCCUCGGCACGCUGCAGCUACCUGUGCAGGUGUUUGUAGCAACCGGUGCUGGUAUGUACAGGAAACCAGCGAUGGGAAUGUGGAAUCACUUGUGUGACGAGGCGAAUGAUAGCGUGACUGUUGACAAGACAAAUACUUUUUAUGUUGGAGAUGCUGCAGGUCGGCCAGAGAACUGGGCUCCAGGGAGGAAGAAGAAGGAUUUUUCCUGCGGUGACCGACUGUUUGCUCUGAACAUUGGGUUGCAGUUCCACACCCCAGAGGAGUACUUCUUGGGCUGGAAGAGCGCUACCUACAGCCUGCCUAAUUUUGACCCUCGGAAGAUUGAGUCCAGUGCAAAGCUGUACGACCCACCGACUGCCUCUCUCACCUCCAGCGAGACAGAAGUCAUCGUUGCCGUGGGUUUCCCUGCAUCUGGUAAAUCCACUUUCUUCCACACCCACAUCAUUCCAAAAGGUUAUGUUUACGUCAACAGGGACACACUCGGCUCAUGGCAGAACUGUGUGUCGGCGUGUGAGCGCGCUCUGAAAGAGGGCCGCAGCGUCGCCGUGGACAACACCAACCCCGACCCAGAGUCUCGCAAACGCUAUGUGGAUGUGGCCAAGGCAGCCGGAGUGCCGUGUCGCUGUUUCCACUUCUCAGCUUCUCUCGAGCAAGCCAAACACAACAACAGAUUCCGUGAGAUGGCUCCAUCAGACACCAAACACGCCAAGGUCAAUGACAUGAUUUUCCACAGCUACAAGAAACAUUUUGUGGCUCCGGCUCUCCCUGAGGGAUUCUCCGAGAUCCUCCAGAUGCACUUUGUGCCGAACUUCAAAGACAGCCAAUCAGAAACCUUGUUCCGGCAGUUUUCUGAGGGCUGAUUGGGACAGUCUAUAAACCCCACAUACUCACUGGCAAAUACAGAUGAGGUGUGAGAUCCAAGCAACAGUCAGUCAGUCAGUAGACACAGACAUGUUUUUGACAUUUGUUUAGUGCUUGUGUGUCCGAGCUUACAGAAUAUGCAAACGGUUUGGCUAACAACCUUUUUUAUGUUAACUAGACUUCCCUUUAUCAAACAGCUCAACGUAAUCAUGAAUGAACAGAUGUGUUUCCACAUUAUAGAUGUAUUAAGUAUGAUGUGUAUGACAACGUCUUCUUUUUACAAGUUUAUUGCACCACAGCUAUAAAAAUCAAUCAAAUACAAUAAAGCUUUGGAAAACA